GAGGCGGACGAUGCUCUUCACAAUCCGGAGGCCGAGCCUGACCACGCUUUGGUUGGCAGCAAAGUGACUCUUACCUCCAGGGGUCUGGCAAAUCUUGGUUGCCUAUCCUUUUUGUGCACAGCACUUUUGGUUCUUUUUAUUGGUUAUCCCCUCAUCAUGUUUGCUAGAAGCAAAGGACCCUUGUUGCCCGGAUUCAACUUGGGGGGAAUCAACUCAACCGGCCAAGUACCCUCGAUGGGUAAUUUUGGCCUGAUUGAUCUCGACACUCCAAAAGACGCGUACAUGAAGCCAUCUCUGAAAGAUGGAUCUCCCAUGCUAUUGGUUUUUUCCGACGAGUUCAAUACGCCUGGAAGGACAUUUUAUCCAGGCGACGACCCCUACUGGGAGGCGGCUGAUCUUCAUUAUUGGUCAACGAACAAUCUAGAGUGGUACGAUCCCUCCGCAGUUACGACUGAUAACGGAGCUCUCGUCAUCACAUUUUCUGAGACUCCCAACCACGGGUUAAAUUAUCAAGGUGGCCUCAUAACAUCGUGGAAUAAAUUUUGUUUCACCGGUGGCUAUUAUGAAGCGUCGGUACAAUUGCCCGGCACGAACAACGUCAUUGGAAUGUGGCCCGCGAUAUGGGCCAUGGGUAACCUUGGACGCGCUGGUUACGGUGCUACCUUGGAAGGGAUGUGGCCAUACACAUACGACUCCUGCGAUGUAGGAACGGUGCCAAACCAGACCUUGAACGGUCUGCCGUUAGCCGCUGUUGUUGAUGGAGAUCAUGCAUAUAACUUCGCCCUAUCGUAUCUCCCAGGGCAAAGGCUGUCGAGAUGCACGUGUAGCGGUGAAAACCAUCCGGGGCCCAAACACUCGGAUGGGACGUUUGUGGGUCGUUCCGCUCCUGAAAUUGAUAUGUUCGAGGCCCAAAUGGGUGGUGUGCCUUUGACAGGUGAAGCCUCGCAAUCGUCGCAAUGGGCGCCAUUCAAUCACGGAUAUACAUGGGACAACUCGUCUGAAAACAUGAUCCUUGGUGAUCCAUCCAUUUCGAGGAUGAACACAUUUGUUGGAAAUGUCAUUCAACAAGCGACCUCUGUUGUGACGAAAACGAACCAACGGUGCUACGAGUCGGUGGAUGGUUGUUUUUCGACGUACGGUAUUUUUUUACUCAAUUUGGCAGGGUGGGACGAUGCGGUAAGGUCUUCUUACAUUACCUGGAUAUCAGACAGUAAAGUGUCUUGGACUCUCAACGCCGCUGGGUUAGGUCCCGACCCCACUGUGGAAAUUUCCGCGCGACCUGUGCCACUGGAACCUAUGUAUAUGAUUAUCAAUUUGGGAAUGUCGAAGAAUUUCGGCGCCGUCGACUUCGAACACUUGACAUUUCCAAAUCAUUUACGCGUUGAUCACGUGCGCGUCUAUCAGCCAGUCAAUGCCGUCAACGUUGGAUGCAACCCCAAGGGAUUCCCAACGACGGACUACAUCAUCCAACACAUUCAGGCGUAUACAAACCCAAACUUGACGACCUGGAGAGGUGACUACGGACAGCCCUUCCCAAAAAACUCUUUAGUCGAGACCUGCUAG